AUGAAGGGAAAAGCCUCUGUUGGUAUAGCUGGAGUAGUGGCACUCAUGCCAUUUGCUCAGGCCAUCCAGUAUUGUCCUCCCAAUGGCCAGGUACUUCCUGCACCAUACAUCUCUGAUGCAAUCGCCAAUAAGACCAACCUGGGACAGACUCUGACCCAACUGGUUGAGAACCCAGAACACCUGUUCAACAAAUCAACAGUAUCAUUUUCCGUUACCGUCACAUCAUCCUCCAAGACGCUCUUCGAGUUUCAUCAUACCGCCGAUCUCCUUUCCGCAAAAGGAGCACAGCAAGUUGAUGGCGAUACUAUUUACCGUAUCGCCUCAGUGUCAAAGCUGUUUACUACACUUUCAGCCAUGCUUCAGGACGGUCUCAAUUUGGAUGAUCUUGCUUGGAAACACAUCCCAGAACUUGAAGGUGUUAAUGCGUACAAGGACAUUACACUGAGAAUGCUUGCUUCGCAUGUAUCAGGCAUUGUUAGAGAUGGUUACGCUUUCGACCUGGCGGCAAGUGUGCCUCCUGAGGUUUUGCAGUCCUUGGGCUUCCCCAAUGCAACUACGCCAGACUGGUAUCCUCGUUGUGAUAGCGUAGGUCAUGAGUAUUGUUCUCGCGAAGAAUUCUUUUCCGGUUUGAGAAACAGCAGUAGCGUUUGGGCUCCUGGGGUGACACCGGCAUACAGCAACUUUGCCUUCAUUCUCCUCGGUCUGGCCGCCGAGAGCUACAGUGGAAAGAAAUUAGGUGAAAUAGUUUCGGAGAAGAUCACAGGACCCCUCGGAAUGCCAUCAUCUGGUUAUGAGACUCCGGAUGAAAGCCGUAUCAUCGCCCCUCUGGGUAGCGAAGAAUGGGCCACAAUUGAUUUGGGAUACUGGAAGGGCACUGCCGGUAUAUUCUCUACGCCUAAUGACUUGGCUCAGUUUGCACGUGGCAUCAUCAACCAUGAGCUUCUCUCACCUGUCAAGACGAACUUAUGGCUCAAGCCUACAUCUUUCACCACGUCGACAGCUGGCGGGGGUGUUGGCAUGCCAUGGUCAAUUGUUCGAACCUCGGAUAUACAGCGACCGUCUGGCAAACGGCCCUUGGAGGUGUACUCCAUGAUCGGCAGCUUUGCCAUCUACGGCGCGUACGUAGCCGUGAUCCCAGAGUACAACAUCGGCUUCACCGUUAACAUCGCUGGUCCUGGAGGCGAUAUCCUACUACGAACCCUUCUUGGACUCGCGAUCGAGAAGUUUGUCCCCGUUGUCGAUGGCCUCGCACGUGAGCAAGCCGCACACAAGUAUGCCGGCUUGUACAAGGGUCCGAACAGCUCCCUGCUCCGUCUAGGGGUUGACGGUGGACCAGGCCUUAAGAUUGAAGAGUGGAAGAACGAAGGCAAGUCCGUCUUUGAUGCUUGGAUGGCCUUGUCGGAAGAGAGCGAAGGCGCGUCAGGCGUAGAUGCCCGCCUUUACCCCGUCACUGGCAAUGAGACGAACUGGCAGAUAGGUUUUUUGGGUCUCGGGAAAAACGAAACGACUCUUUUCAAGGACUACUGUGAAACUUGGUUCGCCUACGAUAAGCUCCGCUUUGCCGGUCUUUCAGUUGAUGAAGCGGUUUUUGAAGCGAAUGAGCAGGGACAGAUAAAGGGGUUGAAGGUCCCGGGACUGAGGGCUGAUUUGGCCAAGUACUAA